UUUUUCCCUCUUAAAUAUUUACAUCGGCUAUUAGGAAAGUGAAUCUGUGAUUUGGAGAAUAUUUAUUUAAAUAUAUAGAUAAUAUAUUUCAUAACUUAAUUUAUGUAAUUUCUUGUAUCAAAUUCCAUAACUGUGAGAUAUUUAUUCUCUGCCUAAUUAAAAGGCCAAGCUAUAGAAAUAGAAAAUUGAUUCCUCAGAUAGCUGAACAUUGUACCAGAAGCCUUAGUAGCUAGGGUUCUUCGCUCAGGGGCAAUGAUUUACGCGCACGUAGUUUUAUCGUUGGCGACGAUUGCUGUUUUUGCUAUACUAAUAAAAGUCCGUCUUCGCUCUAGGAUAAAUUAUUACUUUCUCAGACUUCUUCGAAAUAAAAAUCCGUUUUUUUCUCCAAAUGAAGAAACGGUCUUUUCUCCAGAUGACUUGAUAAGUCAUCUGUCAGAUGAUAUCCUGAUUUCAAUUAUCUCGCGUUUGUGCACGAGAGAUGCUACAAGGACGAGCCUCUUGGCACGAAGGUGGAGAAAUCUGUACAAAUCUGUAACUAAAAUCGAAUUCAGUUGUUACGACCUUUUAGAACAUGUGCCUCUUACUAGUAAGAGCAUUUGGUCAGAAAGUUCUAAUUCAGUCGUGAAUGCAUUGGAUAGAUUUUUGAGGCUUCGUUACGAUUCUAAGAUCCAUUCUUUCCGUUUAAAGGGUUGUUUAAAUAAAUCGUCCACGGAUCGAUUCGAGCAGUGCAUUUCUUUUUUAGGGAGAAUGGGCGUUGAGAAAAUCUUUCUGGAAUGUUGUUGUCGUUCAGUUAUUCUUGAUCUUUCUUUUUCUUGUCACUUUUUUUCUAAAAUGCCCUUCUUGAAAAAACUCGAAUUGAGCAAAUGCUCUCUGCAGUCAAGCUUGAGAAGCCAAUGUAAUAAUUCCCUCCAAAAUCUUGUGCUUACGGAUGUUAGGGUUUCUACUGGUGCUAUAGAGUGCGUUUUGUCCAAUUGUUUGAAGCUCCAUUCGUUGAUGAUGACUAGAUGCGUAUGUCCUUCUAAGUUAAGCUUUUGUGGGUCCCAUCUUGAAUUGAAGUCUCUUUACAUAAUGAAGUGUGAAGGUGUUAAGGAGAUAGAGUUCUAUGCCAGUAAUCUCGUCCUAUUUGAGUUUACGAAUCGUGUACAUGUUGACUUUAUAUUCAACCAUGUUCCGCAACUGCAAAGUACAUAUAUUUCUGCACUCGAGAAAAAUAUUUUGCCAUAUGUUUGCGGGAAACUUGCAGUAGAUUUGCCAGACCUGAAAUCAUUGAAUAUUUCUACUAAAUGUGAUAAUUUUCAGGAGAGCAGGAUUAACAUGUUCGGCAACCUUAGGCGAUUAUAUAUCAACGUGUAUUCCCUACCAAAAAGCCAUCUUCUUUGGCUGACUUCAUUUUUGCAUAGUUGUCCCCUCCUACAGGAGUUUCACUUGACUAUGAAUAUUUGCGUCCAUGGACCACUAGUGGAGAAGGAAAAGCAAGCCGUCGUAUUUCAUUCAGAGCUGAAGAAAAUGGAAAUAGGUGGAUUUCGUGGCACGGAAUACGAGAUGGAGUUUGCCUUGUACAUUCUCAAAAGUGCAACCAGCCUCGAGAUAAUGAACAUAAAUAGGUGCCCGAAGGUAUACAAGGGACCUGACAAUUGGUGUUGGGAACCUGUACAUUCAUGGAGUGAAAAUACACAUGCAAGAAUUCAAACGGAAUUACAAGGACAAGCCGUUUCCAAGACUGCACAACUCACUAUUCAAUACAAACCCGAUGACCCGCUCUACUCAGCCCCUCCUUGCUCCUCAUGCCCUGCUUGCUGUUGGGAAAGGUGAUCGAUCGAUCCACUUCAACCAGAUUUAUUUCGACCAAAUAAUAAGCCAUAUGUUUGAGUUUUGCCACAACAAAUAAUUAUUUCUAUAUCUUUUUUUUCUAACAGAAUAAUUAUUUCUAGUUAGUCUAAAUAAAUAAAACCUUAUUGGAAAAUCCUUUACGUGCAUGGAAAAUCGGAUUAAAAAUCAGAAUAUAUGUAAAAUAUUCUUGAUUUCA